AUGAUCACGGACGUGCAGCUCGCCAUCUUCGCCAACAUGCUGGGCGUGUCGCUCUUCCUCCUCGUCGUGCUCUACCACUACGUGGCCGUCAACAACCCCAAGAAGCAGGAGUGAGGCCGGCUCGGGAUGCACCGCACCAGCACCCCCGGACUGGGUCACCCGCAGACCUGCCCCCGCUGCCCUGCGCCACGGUAACCACAGCAGAGCGGUGCUGAGACAAGAGGCCAGGCUUCUUCCAAACAAACUUUAACGGAAACACAGUAAUACAAUGCGAAACCGU